AUGCCUUUCGAAGGGUUUAAAAAGCUGCAAGAUAAGAUCUUCAAGCCAGUGAAGGAGGAGGCGAAGUUUGUGGUGGCAGACUCUUUGGGUAAUCUGCAAAGAACUGUGGAUGGCACCAAUGUGGAAGAAGACCAAAUUGAGUUGACUGAAGAUGGUCAGCCUGUAAAGGUUACGGUGAACAAACGACCGUUGUGUGACUGGCUCUGCUGUGGAAUCCCCAAACGCUACAUAAUUGCUAUCAUGAGUGGUCUUGGAUUUUGCAUCUCCUUUGGGAUCCGGUGCAAUUUGGGUGUGGCAAUAGUUGAGAUGGUCAAUAACAACACUGUCUAUGUAAAUGGAAAGCCAGAGAUUGAGAAACCUCAAUUCAACUGGAAUCCCGAGACUGUGGGACUGAUUCAUGGCUCCUUUUUCUGGGGGUAUAUAGUUACUCAAAUCCCAGGAGGUUUUAUCUCGAACAAACUUGCUGCAAACAGAGUUUUUGGAGCUGCUAUAUUUUUGACUUCAACAUUAAAUAUGUUCAUCCCAGUGGCGGCAAGGUUUCACGUCGGCUGUGUCAUGUUUGUAAGGAUCUUACAAGGUCUUGUCGAGGGAGUUACCUAUCCUGCAUGCCAUGGAUUAUGGAGCAAGUGGGCCCCUCCUUUAGAAAGAAGCCGAUUGGCAACAACAUCUUUCUGUGGUUCUUAUGCAGGAGCCGUGGUUGCAAUGCCACUUGCAGGACUACUGGUGCAGUAUAAAGGAUGGUCUUCAGUUUUCUAUGUUUAUGGAUUUUUUGGAAUGAUUUGGUACAUAUUUUGGCUUUUGCUUGCCUAUGAAAGUCCAGCAACGCACCCUACAAUAACACACGAAGAGCGAUCCUACAUUGAGGCAAGCAUAGGAGAAGGGGCCGGUUUACUGAGUGUAACCCAGAAAUUCAAGACACCCUGGAAGAAGUUCUUCACCUCAAUGCCAGUUUAUGCUAUUGUUGUGGCAAACUUCUGCAGAAGCUGGACUUUCUAUCUGCUACUCAUCAGCCAGCCUGCUUACUUUGAGGAAGUUUUUGGAUUUCCUAUCAGCAAGGUUGGCAUUCUGUCUGCAGUUCCACACAUGGUAAUGACAAUAAUUGUGCCGAUCGGAGGGCAGCUUGCUGAUUUUCUGAGGAGCAGAAAUAUCUUAUCAACCACAACCGUGAGAAAAAUCAUGAACUGUGGAGGGUUUGGCAUGGAAGCAACAUUAUUGCUAGUUGUGGGUUUUUCUCACACUAGAGCAGUGGCCAUUUCCUUCUUGGUGUUUGCUGUGGGAUUUAGUGGCUUUGCAAUUUCAGGUUUUAAUGUAAAUCACUUGGACAUUGCUCCUCGGUACGCUAGCAUUCUGAUGGGAAUAUCCAAUGGUGUGGGGACCCUUUCUGGGAUGAUCUGUCCAGUAAUAGUUGGAGCAUUGACAAUACAUAAGACACGUGAAGAAUGGCAGAAUGUGUUUAUCAUUGCGUCCGUAGUCCACUAUAGCGGAGUGAUAUUCUAUGCGAUUUUUGCUUCCGGGGAGAAGCAGGACUGGGCAGAUCCCGAGCAGACCAGUGACGAUAAGUGUGGCAUCAUUGACCAGGAUGAACUGGCGGAAGAGACUAAUCUUAAUGAGGACAAUUACAUCAGUCCAAAGAAAAAGACCUCCUAUGGUGCUACAAGCCAAAACAAUGGAGCCCGAAAGGAGGGCUGGAAAAAGAACAGAGGGAAAGCACAAGAGGUGGUAGACGAGCAGAACACUUACAGUUAUGAAAAUGGAGACUAUCGAGAGUUGUCCUAA